AUGUCUUCGCAACUUGAGCUAGCGCUCGACAAGAUAAGGAUACACACGAGCUCUAAACUGUUGCAUCAGAAGACUCCAGCGACACUAUUAGUUGCUCUAGAACAGACCUUUGCAGAACAAACACCACCAACUCCUCGCUCGGCUGUCGCAUACUGUGCCGCACUAUUACCUGGUGCACUCUACCUUCUGGCUGCUGUGCUCCCCUACGUCCCCACACCAGUAAUUCGCUCGCAAGUGUCGGUCUUAUUACCGCUACUGGCCCCUCUAUUGCCUUUGUCAUCUCAGCAUCCUCCUGCUCUCCGAUCACUGCUCUCGGUUCUCUGCGCUCUCUGGACACCUCUCGAUGCUCCCACAUUGACCGGAACUCCCCUUGUUCGAAACGCUUGGGCGAGUGUUCUCCAAUUAUGUGUCGAUCCCAGGCCAAAAGUCCGAAAGAGGGCACAGGAAGUAGUGAGGUCGGUGCUCGCGGCUCCUCCUGCCCCAAUGAUUCGCCAUCCGUAUGCCGAACAGACAGCCCAAUAUAUCUUGAAAUUACUCACAGAUAUAUCUCCAGACCACGCCGAAGCCACCAUCUGGUCGUGCGCGUGGGUAAAAAUUUUAGCUCCGUUUUGGCCUACCACUAAACUUGUCGAACUACUUCAGGCUUUGCUAACUCUCCCGUCCCUGAAUAUCCCCUUUCUGACUGCUGCUGCGUACACGACGAUCACCGCCAUCUUGACGCCACCACAGACGACAUUGAACCCUGAAGCUCAGGACCAGGCCACUGGAUCGACCAUUCCUCCUCCAACAUUACCUCCUACUCACUUCCCAGCAAGCCUCGCCACUCUAUUGUCUUUACCACCUACUGGAGACGCGGAUGCGGCUCCUUGGAUAGGAGCUGUAGGUGCCUGUCUUUAUGCCUGGGGUGAAAUUUGUCGAGAUCCCGAAGCUAUUGAAGAGGCGCCUUCGCUAUCACAAGAUCUCUUACUGGCUGUCCCUGGCGCAUUCCGGGCACUAUGGGCCCAAUUAGAAGAGGGACAUAGUUCUGAGGUACGCGCAGCUGCGGAAGAUGCCAUUGUGCAUGGUUUAUUAGCUGGGAUUUUCGGAGACGAUGGAAAAGUGCGCUCUAAUGGCACCGAAGGUGGAAAGACUGGAGGCGUUUCCGAUCUGCUAGUCAAAGAGUGUCUUAAAGUUUGGGGUAAAGGGCCAAAGAAUGUCAAGAAAACAUCGCUGGGUUUGAUUCUAACCACAUUGGAAUCAUCCCUCGAUUCCGUGUCUGCAGCUUCGUCGGGAGCAUUGGGAAAUGUGCUUUCUGUAGCCGAGGGAGUAAUCGACGUUUUGGGAACAAACUCAGAAGUUGGGGGUAAGUUUGGAUCACUUGUCCAAGUGUCCAUAUUUCUAAUAUUUCGAAAUCACCAUCUGCCGUACCAUGUUGUUCUUUCGGGUGGUCUUUUCUUUGGACACCAAGGCCCAACUCCGGCCACUACACUGGCUCCAUCCUUGCUAACGGCUGUCGGCACGCUCCGCAGCGCGCAAGAUUUCAUGUGGAGAGAAAAGGCUGAUGGUGUCAUUGGUGCGGCCAUUCGUGCGAUGGGUCCAGCAGCCUUCCUCGAGGUCCUCCCCAUGAAUUUGAUACCAGACAAGAAUGCGCCCAACAAUGACGGUCGUGCAUAUUUACUCCCGCUUUUGGCGGCCAACCUGGUACCACGUACUGCCGAAAUCAGACAUUUUGUCUCUCACUUUAUCCCCCUUUCUGAGAAACUGUUUGAACUGCAGAACGGGACCGAAAAAGAGAGUGAACGAAAGAUCUGGGAAGUAUGUAUUCAUCAGGUCUGGGGCUGUUUCAGAGGGUAUUGCACUGGUCUCGCUGGGUUGAAGCAGGGUCUAUCUACACCUUUCCUCCAGCUCUUGAUCAACCUUCUCUACUCGCAACCUACUCUGCGAGUAUCUAUCCUUCACGGAAUCCGCGCUCUCGUGGCCUCCAACCGAUCGAUUCCUGCAGACGAAAUCCACUACAGCUAUGCGGAGCGGUCAUGUGCCGAGGAAAACCUCAAGUUUUUGGCUGGUUUGGCUGGAAACAUGCUUUCCGUGCUCUUCAACGUAUUCAGCAGCGUGGAGAGUAACGACCGAGGCCUGGUGGGCGAGGUUAUAUCACUUUGGCUUGGAUUGGCUGAUGCCAAGGAACUCUCAGCUACCUUCAAAAAGGUUUCCGCGAUGCUCUCACAGAAUCUCAAGGGUGCUGCGGCCACUCCCCUCGCCCAUACCGCGUUGGACCUGCUCGUAUUGCUCGUGCCUCAUCUUUCGCCUACGGAUGCUACUAAGCUCUUCACGAUCGUCUUUGCCGACAACGUAAUCUCGAAUGCGGACGGGACCGUACAGAAGAAAGCAUAUCGAAUUUUGGCAAGGUUGAUCGAAAGAGGCAUUGUGGAUGGACUACAGGAAGGAGAGGGGAAGAACAGAAAAGUCGAGUCGGCACUUGCCCGAUGUGCAGAAAUCACACCGAGUGUCAACGUGUCUGCAAAACGGGAUCGGGUUCAAUUGCUUUCGGCGCUUGUACCACUUAUCCCUGGUGGGUCGCUCCAUAUCAUUCCGUCCUUGUUGCCCGAGGCCGUUCUUGCUACGAAAGAAGUGAGCGAAAAGACUAGAAAUGGUGCCUUUGAUUUGGUUGUCGCUAUGGGUAAGCGGAUGGAACGCGGAGGUACCGUCGACCGCGCAAAGGUGGAUGGCAUGGAGGUAGAACAAGAGGGGAAUGAACCAACCAAUGUCAAAGCUAAUGUUGAAGAGUAUGUCACCAUGGUUGCCGCUGGUCUUGUGGGUGCAACGCCCCACAUGAUUAGUGCUACUAUUACUACCUUGUCCCGACUCACAUUCGAGUUUAAAGAUAUCCUUUCUCCAAAUAUGCUCUCGGAAUUGAUCACCACUGUCAUUGUUUUCGUUUCUUCCGCCAACCGAGAGAUCGUCAAGUCGGCACUCGGGUUCGCCAAAGUUUCGGUCAUUUCGCUACCAACAAACAUCGUGACUCCCCACUUGGAUGCACUGGUCCCGGCCUUGCUUGGUUCUACUAUUUUUGAGAGAAUGGGUCGAAGGUUUGGCUGGGAGUCGCUCGAGGCGGCUGCUGGGACACACGAACGGGCCGGGGUGAUUACGCAUCUUCGAAAGAAGAAAGAGCGCGCCAGGAAAAAGAAAGGAAAGGAGAAUGAGCAAGAAAGUGACGUCGAGGAGGCUCCCGCUCGAACGACAACGGGCGAUGCCUUUGAAGACGUCCUUUAUGGAAGUGACAGCGAUUCCUCCGACGCAGAUUCUGAGGCCGAGUCUAAGCCCUCUACGGCCCAAAAAGCAAAGGACCGGUCGAAUUCCGAUGGCAAAAAGCAAAAGUCCGGCAUGCGUAUCCGACUCGACAACGACGAGCCUAUGGACCUUUUACACGGUUCUGCCGCUCGUCUUACGACUGGCAGCGCCAUGUCAGCCCGACGACGACAACCUGGCCAUGAGGCCGCCAAAUUCAAGACCGACGCAUCUACCGGACGAAUGGUCGUUGAAGAAUCGUCUGAUGAGGAUGAGCAAGAUGCAGGAGAUGAUGUUGCUGGCGCAGCUUAUCGCGAGAUGCUCACUUCUACAGAUGGACAAACCCGGGAUUCGAGUGGGAAAGUGAGGUUCGCGAAAGAUACGAAGAAGAGGAGAGCUCUGGAGAGGGAAGAUGCUGGUGAUGAUGUUGAGAUGGCGGACGGAACGGAUGCUGGGCUCGCCAGAGAGAGUCCAAAGAAGAAGAGUAAACGAAAUGUGAUCAAGGUCGGAGGAGAAUUCAAGGCCAAGAAUGCUGGGGGUGACGUCAAACGACAAAGCCAACAGGAUCCAUACGCAUAUCUACCACUCGGUUCGUUAAAUAAGAAAAAGGGACGACAAGGACCUCGGAUCAGUAUCACUGGCCGAAGAUAA